GACAACACAUUUUUGUAACCAAUGUACAAAAAAAAAAGAUAACGAUUUUGUUGCGCAUCUACUAUCGAUAGUCGUAUUAAAAUAUUUGAAUUCUGCUCUUACCCGGACCAGCUGCAGUCGGCACAAAAGACUACGCAGUCUCCCGCUAUGUGCGUCGGUCGCUAGAGUCGCUCAGUCUCCAUUACAAGCCCAUGUUAAAUUGUACUCGCGUCAAACAGUCAGUUCAGUGUAUGUAUUGAGUGCAGACGUCCAUCCGUGUUCAAGUGCCUUAGACUCUACAGAAAUUGUGACCAUGAGUAUGAAUUUCACCGACGAAAAUUAUAUAAAUAUGCUGAGUAUUUAUCGGCAUUGUGAUCUACAAUUACUAUUAGGAACUUUUGGUCUUAAUAGAGGGGGCCGAAAAUCCGAAUUAAAAGAUCGAGCAAUUGAAUUGUUAAGGACUAGACCAGCUAACAUUGACUACUCAACAUACAUAGCAAAAAUAUAUGAAAUAUAUCGUUCUAUGCAACAUGAAUUGCCUAGUAAUGAUGGUAUGAUGCGCAGAUUAUCACAAAAUCAACAGCAACAAAGGCAAAUGAUAAUAUCUGUGGGUCAAAUACAGAUCCCACCACAAAGAAUGUACCAACCACCACUAAGAAUGUACCAACCACCACAUAGAAUGUACCAACAACCACAAAGAAUGUACCAACCACCACGAAGAAUGUACCAACCGCAACAAUAUCCUCAACAAUCAAUGCAUAUGGUACGAGCUGGAUUAUCUCAAGUUACGCCCAAAAUGCAAAGAGGCAUGUAUGAUAACCACAUGUCAAAUUCUAUUCCUACUAACAAUAUGGUCAAUAAUAACAUUCAGUAUAUACCUGCUGGCAAUUAUCAACCAUCCGGAUCUAGUACCAUAGUGUCACAUCAAUUACCCCCAAAUCAAAAAAUGAGUAUUGUAGCACAAGAUGCAUUAGGAUUAGGAACAACGGCUAGCAGAAAUAAUUCUUACAUACCAUCUAUUGAAACUGUAGCCCAAAUAAAAUUCAAAAAGCUACCAUUUUAUGAAGUUAUUGAUGAAGUCAUUAAGCCAACUCUUCUAACUGGAACGGACAGUUGUACAUUACUAAACGUUCCUAGAGAUACGAAAGAAGCUACAUUCAGACAUACUCUGUCACUCGAACACACCAAUGCCGUAUCUUCGAAUCGUUACUUUUCUGAUGGAAAAUAUGAACAUCGUAAUCAGUACCAAAUUCGAAUUUGUCAGUUGAUAGAGCCUGUGCCUAAUGAAUCAUCAGAUUACAUGCCUCUUGGACUACACAUACGAGUUAAUAUGAAAGCCUGUCCUUUACCGCCAGUUCCUCCCAAUACUCGACCAAGUAAUCUGGCUGAAUCUAGACGAACUCCAAGGCCAAUCAAUUGCACUGCAAAUUUCAAACUUUCUCCAAUCAAUGUCAACAACAUCACUAUUAAUUGGACCCCUGAUGGAAAGAAUUAUGUUUUUGUUUUGUAUCUAGUAAAAAAAUUAACGGUAGAUACAUUAAUAAAAAAACUUCAAGACAAAGGCGGGAGGAGUUCAGAAGAAACUAAAAAUUAUAUAAUUAGAAAGAUAGCAGAUGUUGACCCAGAUUUGGCUACUGAUACUUCUUAUCGCUUUUCUUUGGUGUGUCCACUGGGUAAAAUGAGAAUGAAGAUACCUGUAAAAUCUGUUAAUUGUAAUCACUUACAAUGUUUCGAUGCAAGUACAUUCAUUUUAAUGAAUGAAAAAAAACCAACUUGGGUAUGCCCAACUUGCAAUAAUCCAUGUUUGUAUGAGGAUUUACAAAUUCAAAAUUAUUUUUUAGAAGUUAUUUCAAGUGCAACACUUAAAGACUGCAGUAAGGAAAUUGAAUUUUUGGCUGAUGGAACAUGGAGAGUAUAUGAAGAAACUAAAGAAAUACAUAACACCAAUAAUACUUCUGAUAGAGUAAAACCUAUUGAAUUAGUAGAUUUGGAUAGUGACGAUGAAAGCUGCAUUGAGCCAACAACUAAACCUAGAACUCAAGAAUCUGAAAACAACUUAAAGUUAUCUUUUGUCGAUCUGACAUUAAGUGGUGAUGAAGAACCACGAACAGAAAAAGUUAAACAGGAAAAUGAAGCCCAAGCAGCUCAUGCUAUUCAACCGGUCGGUGUAAUUGAUUUAAAACCACAAGCUCAAGUACAGCCGCAACAAGCUGUUACCAGUUCUGAACAAGGAUUAGUAAUUGAAAUAGACAGUCCAUCCCCUCCUUCAAGUCCUACCCCUACGACUGAAGACUCCUAAUUUAUUUUUAUUUUUCAUUUUAUUUAAAUAUUAUUCCUAAGUAAUUUUGAUGGUAUAAGCUUUUAAAAUUAAUGUAGUUAAUGUACCAACAAUAUAUUUAUUAGAAUGGAAAAUUUAAUAAACAUUAAAAUAUUUAUAUAUUAAU